CAUUCAUAAAGUCUGUUAACCAUUGCAAGUCGGCUAACAGUCGCGUACGCACGUGCCCGGACGAUUCGCGCGCUAUUUUCGUACGCUCUUGAGUACUUCGAAAGUUCGUGUUGUGUUCUUGUGAAAAUGAGCGGCAACUUCUUGACGAUCCCCGGGGACGACCCGAUACAGAAGCGAUCUCGGAGUUCAUCACUAACAGACCUGAUAUCUGCGUUUGACAAUAAAGCGCAAGCGCACACAGAUCUACAGAAAGUGACAGCGUUCAGCGGCCAGUUCGAUAAGAACUUCAAACCCACAUUCUCCAAAGAUGAAUACGGAAAACCUGUUCCUGGGUCGAUGACCGAAUAUCGAGGGGCAGAAGCUCAGGCCAGAGUGUGUUCAGAAAUGAAAGAGCUUUGUGAGAUCAUCAAUGAAUAUGGAAAGGCUCCGUGCAAGGGUCUUUUGCCCCCAGAACUGGCGGACGCGACCAGAGUGAUAUCCUUUGGAGAAUUGUUUACCAUAUACACAGUGAUCAAUGACAAACUAGUGGGAUUACUCUUGCGGACGAGGAAACACCACCUCACAUACUUCGAAGGAGAAGUUUUAUUCCAGAAACGUGACGACGACGUGCCAAUAUUUCUAAUGAAACCCAUUCAAGAAGUGCGGAGCUACUGCGACGACAAAGCCAUGCAAGCGAGGAGAUCAGUCUCACCUAUGCCGAACUAUUAAUUAAAAAUUAUAUUAAAGCUUGAUGUACAUAAAGACGACAACGGAAGCAUUCUGGGUCGGGAAUGUCUAUUUUGUAUAUCUGCACACAGAUGGCGCAUUUCUGAGUUACGCGUAGCCAGGGUAUGUUUCCCACGCGUACAACUCUUGUACGGAAUCUGAACACAACGUGCGCGUGCUCUUUGCCACGCGUUCAAAAACCGACAUAUGACAGAAGAACGCGGACUCUAAGGUACGCGGUAUGGACAUGAUUUUUCCGGGACACGCGACUGUUAUACGCGCUGUCCGUACACAGCUCAGUGAGAGCUGUAAUAAUUUUAAUACAAACUUCAGCUUCCCGGCCCGAAACGCUUUUGGUUCCGCCUGUGGUCAGCUUAAUACUUCACCCAACUAUUGAAUAAGAAUUAAGUACGAUAAGUUCAUAGCAAGAAUGUGUUUUAUACCUAUUUGGAUUAAAGUGAAAAGGGAAUGCUUUAUAAACAAGAUUUUCUACUAAGGGUUCUCGUGACUAUCUUUGGCCUGUCAACUCAACCUGUAGGAUUCGUGAACAACCGUUUUCUAUUAAUACUGAAAAUAAGGCCACUCGCCGUAAAGAGACUCGCCGUAGCGAGAGUCGCCGUUCGGAAAGUCGCUGUCAACGCUAUUCGUCAAGUGAAUAAUAUUCAAAGUAAGAAUGAAAUUAUAAACAUUCUUAUGUUAGUAUUGUUACUAGAUUGUCAGUCAAUGCAAAAUUUAUCAUAAGAAUACUUUAACACGUUCACUGUGUAACUGAAAGUUAGAUAUCAACCCCUCUCGUGCAAUGUUAUUUUUCGAUAAAAACAUUGGAAUUUAUGUAAGUACAUAGAUAUUAUACUAUGGCAAGAAAAAAUGUUCCCAUGCAUGAGACAUGCAUACGAGUUUCAAAUUUAUUGCCUCAUAUGUGGUUCAUGUGCAGUGACCAUAACCUGAAUUACACUGUUAAAAAUAAUAAUAGUCGCUAAUAGAGAAAAUUUCGGUUGUAUUAUUUUUGGGAUCAGCUUGUACAUUACCCCACGCACGGCAUCCAAAAUUCCGGGACUCCGUAGGCCCCAGAUAUGGAAACGACAUACAAAUAAUAAUAACAAAUAUCAAUAGACCAAGAGUAGUGCUGUCCUCUUUUUUUAAUUCAAUAAGUUACACGAUUCGAGAUUCCAGGAUUUGGAAACAUUUUUCGAAUACCCGAGCACACAAAUUGAUUACUUAGGUACCAUCACGAAAAUUAAAUGCUUCUUGGUAUCUACCAAUCUUUUUAGCUUUAAUCCAAGUUUUAUGAAACCAAAAUUUCAUCGAUUUAUCCAGUCUAUUUUUAUAAUUUACUUUAUCAUUAUUAGUUAAAGUUUAAGGGAUUAUGGGAUAGGCGCAGAUUAUGAACUAUGUAAAAGAACUUAAGCAACAUACAUGGCUGAUUUCUUAUUUAAAUUAUAUGACAAAAAAACAUAAAACAUACAUAAACAGCCUAUAUACGUCCCACUGCUGGGCACAGGCCUCCCCUCAAUCAACCGGAGGGGGUAUGGAGCAUACUCCACCACGCUGAUCCAAUGCGGGUUGGUGGAGGUGUUUUUGCAAAAACAAGAUGUAAUUAGUUACGUCAUUGGAAUUUAUAGACCAGAUGACCUUUGAUAUUUUUUUAUAAUUGUAUGAACGUAUUUUUGAAAAGUUAAUACUUAAGAUAAAUGAGCUUACAAUUUUCGGUUUUCUUAGAAUUUUAUUCUUGAAAAAAAUAGGAUAAUUAAUUAUCGUGUAAUAUCACAAAGUAAUUUCAUUAAUCAAAUUAAUUCCUACCUUUUUAAAAAGGAUUAAUAGAAAGUUCAAAUGCUCUUGAUUUCAGACGAUUCAAGAAUUUUCGUAACUGGCAAUUGUACGGUAGAUUGGUCACAGUCGUUUUCCGAAAAUGGCAAAUUCCUUGACUGGAAUAAGCUUACAAAGAGAAAAUUUGAACCCGCUGCUCUUGUCAAGCCAGGACGAGCCUGUUAACCAUUCACUUCUGUCCACGCUAAAUUCUUUCGAUCUAUAGAUGGAAUACCCUUACGACGAUUAAUACAAUCCCAAUUGGAUACCCACAUUUUACCGAGCUUUCUGUUAGACCAACGUGAUAGGUAGUGAGCCUUAAAUCGCCUUCUAAAAUAGUAGAGUCAACUGUGUUAGUGAAAAUUACAUUUAACCGGGAAUCGAAGCGGCUGUGUUCCCUGCUUGAGAAUCAACUUGGAGACACCAUGACUGAAUUGAGUGAUAGUAUAAUAAAUAUAAUAGAAUAAGUUUAGCUGGUUGUCUUCCCGGGCCUCUGUGUACAUUCUUCCUACAUGUUGGACUAAUAAAUAUUUAUAAUCACAUAUAUUUUUAUGGCCGAUGGACUGUCACCUUAAGUGACAUCCCAUCAUAAUUAUAUAUCUCGGGACUUCGCAUCAAAAGUGUUUGUAAGUGGUCUUUUUAUAUUUUUUGCCUUUUUUGUGUCAUAAUGGAAAGGGUGAGAUUUUAUGUACGGCUGAUUCAUUUGCAGAGAACACUUUACGCAAUGAUGAUAAAGUAAAUCAUAAAUAAAAUGUCUAUACUAUACGUACGGUCACAAGCAUCAAUAUGCAUACAUUUUGGUACCAUGUCACAUGUUUUUUGUUUGACAAAUUGCACUGGAAGUCUCGCUAAAUGCCAAAUAUGUUAGUGAGACAGAGUUCUACAGUGGGUACAUUAUAUUGCUUAUAACUGUACAAUAAUGUAUUUUUUUUUAUACUGGACAGUAAGUUUACAUAUUGAUAAAGAUUGUGGAACCAUGUAGGUGCGUUUGGGUUCUAAACAUUAUGGAAUUGUUUAAAAGUACAUUUGCAUUGAUAACCAUUAAAUUAGCUUAAGAGACUUAAACUAAAAUAUAAAAGAUAUGUGUAAAGAAGGGACCUUAGAUGUAGAUUUUUCUGUUAUAAGAAUAUAUUUAUUUGCAUCAAAGAAAUGAAAAUUGAUUUUCUGGAUGUUCUUAUUGGGGUUUUUUUUGGUCGCGUUAUAAGUUCUCUUUCAAAAAGCAAAUUAAAAAUAAUCUGUUUAUUGAGCUUCAUUACGUUGCGUCUGUUUGAUAACUUGUUUUGAUAACUUUUAAUUGAAUUGAAAUAACACCAUUUGAAUUGGAACUCGCUUUGAUCCAAAAUUGUGACGUGUUUUAUUUGCGUUAAAAUUCAAGCACUUGAAUAAUAAAUGAGCUAGAAAUGUCGCCUUCUUAUUUAUGUUAUGUUGUAUACUUAUUUCAUUAUGGAAUAAUUCAUUGUGUCACCGCUAUGAAGCUAAAAAAUAUUUCACUCCACACAGUAUAUUAACAUUAAAUUAUAUUUUACAAUUAUGGCCCCUGACGGUUUUUGUAGAUAGGUACUAACAAGAUAAGUAACAUUAUUAUAAAAAUUCUCAAAACGAAAAAAACUAGUCUUUCUAGUCGUAUAGUUAGGUAAGUUUAUUUCGUAACAAAUAUUGUCAUAAUCAUCUCUAAUUAGGUAAGGUAAUAUUUAUUAUUUAUAUUUAAAUAUAAUAAAUGUAAAAAUAAAAUGUUAUUAUAUUCUUACUUAUAUAUAAAUAUUUAUAUUAUUUUAUUUAUUUUUUACUUGUAUUUGCUCCAGUAUAAGAAUACGCUCCAUCAAUUUUGAAGGUUAAAAGUUUGGUUCCCUAUCUCAAAUCUGAAUUUGUUUUUGUUAUAUAUAUCGAUCAUCAAAUUGUGAUAUCAUUACACCCUUAGGUGAAGAAAAAUAUUUUGAAGAAACCGACAUGCUCGAGGAAAAAUCUCCAUGCGUCAAUAAAUUCACACAGUAAAUCGUAGGGAAACUAUAGUAGUCAUUUUUUUUGAUAAUAUAUAAUGUUUAUGUUAAUUAAAAGUAUAAUUUUAGAGUUAGUGAAGAAAUAGCCAGCAAUGAUUAAUAAAUAUGAUAUGUAUAUAUAUACAAUAUACAAUUACAACACGAUUAAUUUUAUUUUCUAAAUAGAUAAUUUAAUUAUUUACAACUCGCAUUACAUAUUUUUUUAAUAAACUGUAAAUAUUAUUAUGAAUAUUAUUUUCCAUCAGGCUACAAAAAUAUCUACUUGAAAAACAUGAAAUAUAGUCAUGAAAUACUGUAUAAUUAUUAUAAUAUCAAUGUUUUUAACCUAAUAUUAUAAAAGGGAAUGAUUAAAUUCCAAGCACACUGAAUUGUAGGUAAUAUAAUUAUAUUAUCUGAAUUAAUAAUUACGAAAUUCAUAUUUAAUUAUUAAACACUUAAUCUCUAUUAAAGUAAAUUACAAUUCAUUUAGUCGUAAAUUUGGAUUGAUAUCUUACCCUUGCCUAUAAAAUGUACAAAAUUAACAAUUAAGUCCUAAGGUUUCUCAUUGUGAUGAAAAUUAUGUAUAAUAAAUGUUGUACGAGUAUUUUAUGA